ACCACCCCCACUCAUGCCCAGUCGCAGGCUCUCGUUUCUACCCCCGCUUCCCCGCGGGCCACCACCGUCAGCCUCGCCCCUGCCCACGCACACGCCCCAUGUUUCCAUCCACUCCUCGCGCGCGUCAUCGCCACCGUGUCCGUGAGGCCGGCGUUUCCGUGUAUGCUGCGGCCUGCGGCCAUUCCGCCAACCAGCACCAUCCCCAUUUCAACUCUUCUUUAAACUACGCCAACACAAUUGCUCCCGCCUAGUCAACUUCACGGACGCCUCCUGCUUCCUCUUCCUCCCCGAGCACGAGGCAUGGAGCGGCACCGCCAAAGAUCGCGGCGCCAACAAGAAGACGGUCUCGACGGGCACGAUGAGGACGGGGCGCUGUCAGCGUUCGUCUGCCCGAUCACCAUGCAGGUGAUGCGGGACCCGGUGGUGAUCGACACGGGGCAUGCCUUCGAGCGGGAGGCCAUCGCCCGGUGGUUCGCCGAGUGCCGCGACCUCGGCAGGGGCCCGUGCUGCCCGAUCACGAUGCGGGAGGUGCGCAGCGCGGACCUGAGGCCGGUCCUGGCGCUGAGGGACGCCAUCGAGGAGUGGGCGGACAGGCAACAGAGGGACGAGCUCCGCAGGGCCUGCCGGUGGCUCACCAAGGACGCCACGGAGAAAGAGGCGGUGCGGGCGCUAGGAUGCGUCGCGCGAGGGUGGAGCCGCGGAGGGCAGGCGAGCAGGCGUACGGUGCGCGCGGAGGGGAUCAUACCGAUGGUCGGGGGCAUGCUGAGAAGCGGCAGCGCCAUGGUGCGCCUCAAAGCGCUGGAAGCUAUCCAAGAAUUUGCCAGAGAAACUGAUCAAGACAGGGAAGCUGUGUCGCAAGGGGACACCAUUCGCACGAUCAUCAAGUUCAUAGAUUGUGAGGACUGUCAAGAGAGGGAACUGGCAGUCUCUGCGUUGUGCGACCUUUCCAAGUCUGAGCUAGUAUGUGGAAAGGUGAGUGAACUGAAUGGAGCCGUGCUUAUACUGUGCAAGGUGUGUGGAAGCAAAGCUGACAACCCAACAAUAGCUGAGAAGGCUGAGAAGACACUUGAGAAUUUGGACAGGUGUGAGAAAAAUGCCGUGCAGAUGGCUGAAAAUGGCAGGCUGGAACCUCUACUUAACCUGCUUAUUGAAGGUUCUCCAGAAACGCAGCUGCUGAUGGCAUCCUCUCUAGAAAAGAUUGUCUUGUCUAACGACUUGAAGAUCUUGGUUGCGCGAAGAGUGGGUUCCUUGUUUGGUGGCAUCGUUGAGAAGGGAAGCUUGGAAGCAAAAGAGGUUGCUUUCAAGGUGCUAGAGCACGUAUCCGCCAACGCAGACAGCGCCAAGGUUCUUAUAGAGGAAAACGUCCUCCUCCCUCUCUUCCGAGUUCUCUCUAUCAACCGCACCAGCCUCCUUCCACCGAGGCUGCAAGAGGCUGCGGCUGCGGUUCUAGCCAAUCUGGUUGCGUCCGGUGUCGACUUCGGGACAGUGCCCCUUGACGGAGACCGUACUCUGGUGUCCGAAGACAUAGUUCACAGCCUGCUUCUCCUGAUCAGCAACACCUCGCCUCCAAUCCAGUGCAAGCUCCUUGAAUUUUUCGGCACCCUGAGCAGUUCCACGGGGACAGUGCUAUCGAUCGUCUCGGCUAUAAAAUCUUCCGGCGCUAUCACCAACCUGGUGCAGUUUGUCGAGAGCGAUCACCAGGAAAGCCGCACCGCAUCCAUAAAGCUGAUACACAAAAUCUCGUUCCACAUGGAGUACGAGAUCGCCCAAGUCUUCCGUGCAAGUCCGACGCUGCUUGGCUGCCUAGUCAAAGUUGCAUUCGUAAACGAUGGAAACGCCGCAGCAGAUGAGCAAGAUGCUGCGCUUCAGAUCCUGGCGAACCUCCCCAAAAGGGACAAGCACCUCACCAGAGAGCUGAUGGAGCAAGGGGCUUUCAAGGUAGCCGCCAGCAAGGUUCUGAGCAUCUACCGGAGAGAUGCUGGAACUGGAAGCGACAUCUACGACAACGCAGUGCUCGAGGGCCUUGCAAAGGUCUUGGCAAGGAUAACGUAUGCCUUGCGGGACGAGCCCCGGUGUGUUUCCCUUGCUCGAGAGUACAACCUCGCUGCCCUGUUCGCCAGCUUGCUUCGGCUGAACGGGCUUGACGAGGUACAGGUGGUCUCUGCGAAGGCAUUGAUGAAUCUCUCGUUGGAAUCUAAGUAUCUGACCAGUACGCCGAAGUUUGAUGCUGAACAGAGGUCUAAGCUCGCACUGUUUGGGAGGAAACCGACAAACAUUCAGCUCUGUCGUGUUCAUUCUGGAGUCUGUUCGAUCAGGGACAACUUCUGCAUCCUAGAAGGGAGAGCUGUGGAACGACUGAUCCAUUGCUUGAACCAUUCUAACAAGAAGGUCGUCGAGGCUGCUCUGGCUGCUAUUUGCACCCUGCUUGAAGAUGGAGUGGAGGCUGCAGAGGGCGUCUUGGUGCUCCAUAGGUCUAAUGGAGUUGCACCUAUAUUCGACAUCUUGAAGGAGAACCCGACAGGCAGUCUUCAGCACAGGGUGACGUGGGCUGUGGAGAGGAUUCUAAGGGCAGAGGAUAUCGCCCAAGCCGCUUCAACUGAUCGCAGUCUGGGAUCGGCACUUGUUCAUGCUUUCCAACAUGGAGAUUCCAGAACGCGACGUAUCGCAGAGGCAGCGUUGAAGCAUGUCCAGAAGCUACCCGUUUUUUCACUCAUCAUUGAUAAGCGCCCCUCGAUACGAGGUUCAUCCAUGGGAAGCAUGGAGCGCUUUAUCAAGUUUGAUCGCUAGGUUGUUAUGAAACGCAAAAGAAUUGCAUGGCCUGUUUAUGCCUUGUGGCCAGCAUAUCGCUUGUUUCUGUUUAACAGAAGGAACACAGUUUCGGUCAACGUGUUAUUUCGUGUGA